AUGUGUACACGCUCCAAGAAUUUGCCACUUGUAAUUUUCAUACCUACCUUCCCUGGCUUUGCAUACUGAAAAUUAGAUCCUGCCUUCCUCCCUACUUCUUUACCAUCUUUUGGCCGCCACAAUUCUCUAUAUAUGCCUUGCCCAUCACUGCCCAAUUUUCAUCUCAUUUCAUUUCAAUAUUUCUCUUUGUAAUUGUGGUAACAUAUCAACUCUUGAAAGAUUGUUUUAUUUGUUGAAAAAUGGCAAGUAAUUUGAUGCUCACGGGGUUGUUAAAACAUGUUGCUGAAAAAUUCCCUACCCGCCGUGCGAUAUGUGUUUCAGGAAAAUUGGAUGUGACACAUGCAAGGCUUCAUCAACUUAUUGAACAAGCCGCUUCUCAACUUGUUGCUGCCGGUGUUGAGCCCCGUGAUGUCGUCGCUCUUACCUUUCCCAACACUAUCGAGUUUGUGAUUAUGUUUCUUGCUGUGAUUCGAGUUCGAGCCACAGCAGCGCCACUAAAUGCAGCAUACAUGCCUGAAGAAUUCGAGUUUUAUUUAUCAGAUUCCGAGUCCAAAAUCUUGUUAAUUGCAAAAGAAGGAAAUGAGGCAGCUCAAGCAGCAGCGACAAAGCUUAAUAUCCCUCAAAUUACUGUUACUCUACCCCAAUCAAACUCUGAUAUCUCUCUCAUCCCGAGCAGUCCGCUGUCUGAUUCUGAUUCUAUAUCCAAUAUCGUUAACGAACCAUCCGAUGUUGCACUUUUCUUACAUACUUCAGGCACCACAAGUCGACCAAAGGGUGUCCCCCUGACACAACACAAUUUGGCAUCAUCGGUGAACAAUAUCAAAUCUGUUUACAAACUCACUGAAUCAGACUCUACGGUCAUUGUGUUGCCACUCUUUCAUGUUCAUGGAUUAAUUGCAGGAUUACUGAGCUCGCUCGGUGCUGGAGGAUCCGUGACGCUCCCUGCUUCAGGGAGAUUCUCCGCUUCAUCUUUCUGGUCGGACAUGAUCAAGUACAACGCCACGUGGUACACUGCGGUCCCUACCAUUCAUCAAAUCCUACUGGACCGCCAUUUCACCAAUCCCGAGCCUGCUUACCCGAAACUCCGGCUCAUUAGGAGUUGCAGUGCUGCAUUAGCACCAUCCGUAUUGGCAAGGCUAGAAGAAGCAUUUGGUGCCCCUGUUUUAGAGGCAUAUGCAAUGACAGAAGCCACACAUUUGAUGUGCUCAAAUCCAUUGCCCGAAAACGGGCCACAUUUACCGGGCUCAGUAGGGAAGCCUGUGGGCCAAGAAAUGGCGAUAUUGGAUGAGAGUGGUGUGGUACAAGGGCCUGAUGCAAAGGGAGAAAUUUGCAUUAGGGGUGAAAAUGUUACUAAAGGGUAUAAAAAUAAUCCUGAGGCUAAUAAAUCUGCUUUCCAGUUUGGUUGGUUUCACACUGGAGAUGUGGGAUACUUGGACUCUGAUGGAUAUUUGCAUUUGGUUGGAAGGAUCAAGGAGUUGAUCAACCGUGGAGGGGAAAAAAUAUCACCUAUUGAAGUGGAUGCUGUUCUUGUUUCUCAUCCAGAGAUUGCUCAAGCUGUUGCUUUUGGAGUUCCUGAUGACAAGUAUGGUGAAGAGAUAAACUGCGCAGCUAUUCCAAGAGAAGGGACAAAGAUCGAUGAAGAAGAAGUGUUGAGAUUCUGCAAGAAAAAUCUGGCAGCCUUUAAGGUCCCCAAAAGGGUAUUCAUGACUGAUUCUCUUCCAAAAACUGCAACUGGAAAAAUUCAACGACGACUAGUGGCAGAGCACUUUCUUGCACAGAUCUCAACUGCUAAAGUGCCCAAGUUCGGAGCUUGAAAAAAUAUACCAGGGUUUCUCAAGUACCUUAAGCAGAUGAAUUGUUAUAAUAGUAACAUAUAUGCCUUGUGCUCGUAAUCACUUAAGUACCUGAACAAGAAUCGGAGAAUCACUGCCUCCCGAUUAGUAAAUUGUCUUUCCUCUAAAAAGAUUGUUAGUAGAUUCUUUUGGGGCUUUUUUUUUUUUAAGGUCAUCAUUUUUGGUAGAAGCAUUAAAAGUUUUCUUCCUUGUAUAAGUGGCUAUUAAAAGAGUAAUAUUUUUACAAUGAAUUUUGUCGAAUGCAGAGAAACAUGGAGGAGUCCUUUGCCGUGAUUUUCUUCA